ACAGCUCAAAGCCAGAAGAGUACGUAGUAGAAGAAGGAGAAUAGAAGAGGGAAAAGAAGAGUUAAAAAGAUAAAAUGGUGGUGGGAAGUAUCAGUCAUGAUAUCGAGUCUCCAGUGGAGGCAAAGAGACUGUGGAAUGCCUUUGUAAAGGAUGGCCAUAAUCUUCUGCCAAAGCACCUGCCAGAGGUGUUUGCAAGCAUCACCUUCCUGCAAGGCGAAGGAGGUGUAGGCAGCAUCAAGCAAAUCAAUUUCACUCCUGCGAACAAGGAUUUCAGCUAUGUGAAAGAGAAAGUUGAGGAAGUAGACGAGGAGAAGCUAGUGUACCGCUUCAGCCAUGUGGAAGGAGGACUUAUUGGAAAGAAAGUGUCAUCUGCCACAUACGAAUACAAAUACACCCCAAAAGCAGGAGGAGGGAGCAUUUGCAGCUCUGCCGUGCAUUUUGAUAGCCUUCCGGGAGUUCCUCAGGAGGAGGAGAAAGUGAAGGAGAUUAGGGAAAUGAUCACCGCUCUGUUCAAGAAGGUCGAGGCAUAUCUCAUCGCCAAUCCCAAUCUGUACUGUUAAACAGAGAUAUCAUCUAGCGUUCCUGUGCGAAGUUUGUGUUAAUGCUUGAAUAAAAUGUCAAAUUGCCAACUCCCUUGUGUUCGCCAAGGGGUCUCAGUUUGACGAUCGAUGCUGCCUGUCAAGUGACAAGUCAAUACUUUGUAGC